GGUCGGUACCGCCUCUUUUUUUUUUCUCGAUACGCAAAUCUCGCACCAUUGCUCAGCCUCAUCUUCAUCUCCUAUCGCUCCUCCUUCCAGACUGCGGUGUCAGCCACCCCGUCCCCGCGAAGGACUGGACACGAUGCCGCCGCGCAUACCGCGCCCGUCGAUCUCCUCGACGGCGCCCGCGGCCCUGACCCGACUCCUCCCGCGGCCGCGGCCGACCACAAGUCUACCAUCGCACCCCCUCUUCUUUUUCUUCCUCCAACAUCAUCAAUCUCCGCCGGCGGUUGCGUGCGCCCGGGGCGGCCGUGGCCGCGCCAGCUUCUCGACGAGCGCGCCGCGCCAGCGCUUCACCGAGCUCCGCCGUCGCUUCAUGAACUGGAUCAGCGGCCCUGGCACCGUCUACCGCCGGCAUCGCCCCGGCUCCACCAACUACCUGCAGGCGAGGGCAGACUCCCGCCGGAACGUCGACCGCCCUUUCCCCCUCAACCCCAUGUUCCGCAGCCGGCCCGUCCUCGACGACCGCGCGAGGGAGCUCAUCUGGCACAAGAUCGUGGUAGAGGGCGAGUCCGUCAAGGCCGUCUCCGCCGAGCUCGGCGUCGACAUCAGGAGGGUGGGUGCCAUCGUCAGGUUAAAAGAGGUGGAGAGGGAUUGGAUAGCCAAGGGUAAGAAGCUGGCGAGGCCGUAUGCCAAGGCCGUGCUGUCGAUGCUGCCGACACACUCUUUCCGGCAGACCCAGCAAAAUCAGCCCUUCGAGCCAAUUAAUGAGCUGCACGUACAUCCGUACACCAUGAAGCAGAUGUUCUGGCCGACAUCUGAGUCACGUCACUUUACGCGGGCCGACGCUGCCCAGGCCUUCCAUAACGACCUGCUCCCCGCCGACGAGCGAGUUCCUCAUCCGGAACUCAUCCAAAUGGAGAAGGAAUUGUUGCAGGGCGUAUCCCCGUACGAUGCCGCUCAGAAUUUCAAGGAGGCCGUAAGGGAGUCCGAGAGGAAAGCAUCCGAAGCACAGGUGAAGAAAAUCGAACUGGAAGAGCAGUUUACCACCCGCGUGCAUUCCGGCCGCUUCGAAUUCCGCUUCAAGCAGAUCGAUUCUAGCAAGGUUGGCCCCACAGGUAGAGCUCGGAAUGCCGUCGGUUGGCGGUACGGUGCGCCAUAUUACGAUCGCUCUAGAGGCCAAAUCAAGAUCCCUACUUCGGUACCUUGAAGCGGGAUUAAUGAUCAGACAAGCCAAUAUUUUGGGGGCUCUGGUGUUGCAGGACCGGUAGGUUGCUAAAGUUGGCCAAGCGCACCUAGUGCAGGUGUAACUAUUUAGCUAAAUACAGCAAAAUACUCCUCAUCAGUGAGGAUUUGCCGGCGGGCGCGGUACCGGUCGAUGGCAUGCACGAUCUUGUAUGAAAGAAAUGUACGAAUAAUGUAAAAAAGCGCAUGCAGGACGCUAUGUUCAAAGGCUCUGAGGUGCUUAUCAUCAGUUGCGAGAGAGAGCGUCCGAGUGCCAUGUAAGAGCCAACGCUGGUGGGCAAAUGGGCAAAUAUACUACUGGCCGGUUACAGCAGUAACUCGGCGUGAUCCUGCCACGGAACCGCGUCCUUAGCGCUCAGCUCGACGAUUAAGUUACUCUGUAGUUGCCUAACAUUGUCAGACGAGAGUAAUCCCAGGUCAACGACACAUUUCUCGACAGAACCGUAGGUCUCGCGGAUCUUGGCCAACGUGGCCAGCAUGGAAUCUUUCCUAUUGCAUCACGAGUUAGUCUCCCGCUCUCUCAGAGCCACGUACCAAGGGAGAGCGAAAUUGGAGUUGACGGCAAGGAACGAGCGCCCGUGGGAAACCGGUCAGAGGGGGAGGCGGGGGGGGCAAGGGGGGCAGCUGGGAGUGCUUGCUCCGAGGCAACCCAACAAAGAUUGGACUGACGUACCGGGCACUAACCAUCCUCUUGG